AUGGUCGGUCGUCGAGCAGCCUUAAUCGAAUUCUAUGCGCCGUGGUGCGGCCACUGCAAGGCGUUAGCACCCGAAUACGAGAAGGCGGCUUCGGACCUGAAAGCAAGGGGCGUUUCCGUGCCCCUGGCUAAGGUUGACGCGACCACCCAUGUGGAAUUGGCUAAACGCUUCGAUGUCACUGGGUACCCGACUAUGAAGUUCUGGAACGAAGGUCAAUUUUCUGACUAUGACGGGGACCGCACAGCAGAAGGCAUCGUCGAUUGGAUUCGUCAACGGAAGGACCCAAACUACGUCCCACUUCCCGAUUAUGUGCUGGUUCUGACGCAAGACAACUUUACGGCAUAUGCGAUGACGGAAGAUCUUAUUCUGGUCGAGUUUUAUGCUCCAUGGUGUGGUCACUGCAAAAGGUUGGCUCCAGAGUAUAAGAAAGCCGCUAGUCUUUUGAACGAACAUCAUCCUCCAAUUCCUCUCGCGAAGGUAGAUGCAACGGCUGAAAAAGACCUUGCGACAGAAUACAACGUGACGGGGUUUCCAACACUGAAGAUAUUUCGCAAUGGUCGUGUUUAUGACUACACAGGUCCUCAGGAUGCGCAAGCGGAAGCCCUGCGAGAGAAGUUUCCCCGUUUUUUUUAUGCCACCAGUGCAGAGGUGAAGAACCACUACAAAAUCGGUCAUGGCGUUUUUUUGCUGUUUCCUGACCGAUACUGGUCAAAAUCAGAACCGAUGUAUUUACGCUUGGAACAAGAUAAUCCGUCCACUGAAAAUAUAGUGGAUUUUAUCAAUAACAACUGCUUGCCCAAGGUUGGAGAACGCACGAUUUCCAACAAAGACACCCGCUACACAAAAAAACCACUCGUCGUCGUAUACUAUGAUGUCGAUUUCAGCUUUGAACACAAGGACGGUAUUACUUACAGGUUUAUUUACAGUCAGCAGAUUUAUUUUUGGUUUCAUUGUUUUGCUGAACAUUUUGGCAAUCGUGGUGCCAGAUGUUUGUUAUUUCCGAAUGAAAUGAUGAAAUAAUU